AUGGAUACCUCCCUGAGCAUAACCAAUGACUCGGACUUUCAGGUGUCCGAGUUCAUCCUGAUGGGGUUCCCAGGCAUUCACAGCUGGCAGCACUGGCUCUCCCUGCCCCUGACUCUGCUCUACUUCUUAGCUCUCAGUGCCAAUCUCCUCAUCUUGAUCACCAUCCACAAUGAACCCACCCUUCAUCAGCCCAUGUAUCAGUUCCUUGCCGUCUUGGCCAUUGUGGAUGUUGGCCUCGCUACCACCAUCCUUCCCAAAGUGAUGGCCAUUCUGUGGUUUGAUGCCAAAGCCAUCAGCCUUCCUGAGUGCUUUGCUCAGAUCUACGCCAUCCACACUUUUAUGUGCAUGGAGUCAGGCAUCUUCCUCUGCAUGGCUGUGGACAGAUAUGUAGCCAUCUGCUACCCUCUUCAGUACCCCUCCAUCAUCACUCAGGCUUUUGUGAUCAAAGUCACACUGUCUAUGAUACUCAGGAACUGCCUCUUCACCAUCCCAGUACCUGUUCUGGCUGCCCAGAGACACUACUGCUCCAGGAAUGAGAUUGACCACUGCCUGUGCUCCAACUUGGGGGUCACCCGCCUGGCCUGUGACAGCAUCACCGUUAAUAGAUUUUACCAGCUGGCUUUAGGUUGGGUUAUGGUUGGGGGUGACAUGGUUCUGGUCUUUGCUUCCUAUUCUCUGAUUAUUCGCUCAGUGCUGAAGCUGAACUCUGCUGAGGCAACGUCAAAGGCCCUGAGUACCUGUAGUUCUCAUGUCAUCCUCAUUCUGUUUUUCUACACAGCUAUUAUUGUGGUGUCUGUCACCCACCUGGCAGGAAGAAGGUUUCCCUUGAUCCCAGUUCUCCUCAAUGUGCUGCAUAGUAUCAUACCCCCAGCCCUUAACCCCAUGGUAUAUGCUCUUAGGACCCAAGAGCUGAGAGUGAGCUUCCGCAGGGUGCUUGCUCUGGGUUAG